CCUCUCCUUCUGCGACCGCCCCUCCCGCCCAGCCGCGCGCUCCCCGCCGGCGUCGGCACUCCGCGCUCCUGAGCCCGCACACUCCUUCUCCACCCCUGCUUGGCCUCCCGCUCGCCUUCUGUGCUCCGCUCCCUGCGCGCUGCUCUCAUCCCGAGUCCGCUGCGCGCUGGCUGCCGCCUGGUCAUGUCAGGAUGGAGAUCCGGCAGCACGAGUGGCUCUCGGCCUCCCCCCACGAGGGCUUCGAGCAGAUGAGGCUCAAAAGCCGCCCCAAGGAGCCCUCGCCCAGCCUGACCCGAGUGGGCGCGAACUUCUACAGCAGCGUCAAGCAGCAGGACUACAGCGCCAGCGUCUGGCUCCGGAGGAAAGACAAACUCGAGCACUCCCAGCAGAAGUGCAUUGUGAUCUUUGCCCUGGUCUGCUGCUUUGCCAUUCUAGUUGCAUUGAUAUUUUCAGCCGUGGACAUCAUGGGAGAGGAUGAAGAUGGACUCUCAGAAAAAAAUUGUCAAAAUAAAUGUCGAAUUGCCCUGGUGGAAAAUAUUCCUGAAGGCCUUAACUAUUCAGAAAAUGCACCAUUUCACUUAUCACUUUUCCAAGGCUGGAUGAAUUUACUCAACAUGGCCAAAAAGUCUGUUGACAUAGUGUCUUCCCAUUGGGAUCUCAACCACACUCAUCCAUCAGCAUGUCAGGGCCAACGUCUUUUUGAAAAACUGCUCCAGCUGACUUCGCAAAAUAUUGAAAUCAAGCUAGUGAGUGAUGUGACAGCUGAUUCAAAGGUAUUAGAAGCCUUGAAAUUAAAGGGAGCUGAGGUGACCUACAUGAACAUGACUGCCUACAACAAGGGCCGGCUGCAGUCCUCCUUCUGGAUUGUGGACAAACAACACGUUUAUAUUGGCAGUGCCGGUUUGGACUGGCGAUCCCUGGGACAGAUGAAAGAGCUUGGUGUCAUCUUCUACAACUGCAGCUGCCUGGUCCUAGAUUUACAAAGGAUAUUUGCUUUAUAUAGUUCAUUAAAAUUCAAAAGCAGAGUACCUCAGACCUGGCUACCAUACUUGAUCGGGCUCAGGAUGAGCAAUGAAAGUAGUCAGAGCAGUGUAGUGCUGCAGAGGCAGAGCUCCUGCUCUGAACCUGCCUUCAUGGGCCAUUUUAUGGUCCUGCAGGACUCUGGGGCAGGGAGCUUCGCCCAGGUGAAACCUGCCUGCCAUCCAACUACCUGGACAGAGGUUUCAGUGAAGGUCUUGGUGAAACAUGCAAGUGGGGGACAACUGUGGGAUCUCAUCCUGGAAACUGAUGGCAUGCUGGAGGAGGAGGCCCAUAGACUAUGCAGGCAGAUCUCGUGGACUUUGAAGUACUACCAUCAGAAGGGGAUUGUGCACCUGGACCUGAAGCUGGAGAAUGCCGUGGUGGAUGCCAUCAGCAAUGUCAAACUCAUCAACUUUGACCUGAGCACCAGAUUCACAGCUGGGAAGAAGCUGAAGAGGUCCUUUGGCACUCUCCUCUACACUGACUCUGAGAGUAAUUCUCCCAAACUUUUUUGCCCUAAAAACAGAAGUUUUGACAUAGAUGCCAUCUACAGCGUGAUAGAUGACGCCAAACAGUACGUGUACAUUGCUGUCAUGGACUACCUGCCUAUCUCCAGCACAAGCACCAAAAGGACUUACUGGCCAGACCUGGAUGGAAAAAUAAGAGAAGCAUUAGUUUUACGAAGUGUUAAAGUUCGACUUCUUAUAAGCUUCUGGAAGGAAACUGAUCCCCUCACAUUUAACUUUAUUUCAUCUCUUAAAGCUAUUUGCACAGAAAUAGCCAACUGCAGUUUGAAAGUUAAAUUUUUUGAUCUGGAAAGAGAGAAUGCUUGUGCAACAAAAGAACAAAAGAAUCACACCUUUCCUAAAUUAAAUCGCAACAAGUACAUGGUGACAGAUGGAGCAGCUUAUAUUGGAAAUUUUGACUGGGUAGGGAAUGAUUUUACCCAGAAUGCUGGCACAGGCCUUGUUAUCAACCAGGCAGAUGUGCGGAACAACAGAAGCAUCAUUAAGCAACUUAAAGAUGUGUUUGAAAGGGACUGGUAUUCACCUUACGCCAAAACCUUACAGCCAACCAAACAGCCGAACUGUUCAAGUCUCUUCAAGCUCUCACACCCCUCCAACAAAACUGCCACACACAAUACCAGCGGGAAGGAGCCCUUGAGCGCAUAGCAGAGUGAACAAAAACAGUUCCGUACUUCAUAUUUAUACAUAAAGGACUCGAGGAGAGAAAGACAAUUUAAUAUGUUUUUUUUUUUUAGGGGAAAAAAAAGCACACUUAUAAAAAAAAAAUGUUCUCUGAACGACGUGUACUCUCUAGCUAACAGUAUCUUAGCACCAUGUAUACUAAAAUCAAGACUUUUGUAUUUGUUACUUCUGACCAAGAAUGUCCUUCUGGCUUAGAAGUUAGUUUUUAUGUUUGCCUAUGGAUUUUAAGACUUGGAUUCCUGUUUCCUGUUCCUGUCUGGGUUUUAGAGCUUUUUCUGCUAACCCACCUGGUCGGUUCUUAGCAUGAGGUGAGCUCUUUGCUUUCACACCGUUCUGAGCACUGCUGAUCUGGAGAGGAAGGUGAAGAUUUCACCUAGGAGAAAAGACUGAUCACACCAAGUAUUUAUUCUUGAAAACCGUCUCCCAGCCCAAUCCAGUCACCUGAGCAUGAAGAGAUUCCAUCUCAUGCCAGCCUUCAACAGCCCUAAAAAAAAUAUCUUUUUUUGUUUGCUUGCUCAUUGUCUUCCAAUACCGUAGGUUUUAUUUAGUAUCAUUUUCUUUCUUACAAAAUGUUCUUAUUACAUAGUGUUCCUCUAUUCACCUCAAUAUUAAUUCCAAGUAUGAUAACAUCUUUUGAAAAUGUAUGAUUCCCUUAGAGUGCAUACAAAAUGGAAAUAGCAGUCUUUAAUUUUCACCUUUCAACUGCAUUCUUUUCCCCUACCGAAUUGCUUAUUUUAAAACCACAGCCAGCAAUAUGUAUCCUUUCUCUUAAGCUCAGAAAAAAAAAAAAAGAUAUAGCCACCUGCUAAUAUUCAGUAAGCUAUUAAGUCUGCAUUUUGAGAACAAAGUAGUUUUUCAACAUUUUUGUUUAGUUUAUGGUAUUAAAAAGGAAAGGUCUCUCUGCGUCAGUGGAUUUUAAUUUCUUUAGAAUCAUUAUGCUGUUAAGAGUAUGCCAGCAAACGUUUAUAGAGCUAUUUAAUAUACCUUCUGCUAUUUAAUAUACCAAAUGCUUUUCAGAGAAAUGCAAUUUAAAUACUGUGCGUAACAUAUUUUACUAAGAAACAGAAAUAUUGGAUUAUUGUUCUAUAAUGUCA